ACCCUAAUUAUAACUGAAUUAUCGAUGUAUGUUUUAUUAUAGGAUUCAAUUAUUACACAGAGGUCAAGUCCAACACCAGUUAGAUUUAGUCCCCGUAUGGGUUCUAACGCAAUCAAUUAUGCACGCUCUGGUGCUACAAAUCGAGUAUCAAUUACUCCCAAUGUGUCACCAAUCGGCAGUUCUAAUGUAGAUCAAUCCAUAUCAAAAAUUAGUGCAAUGUUUCCUACUGCAUCGGAAUCCCAUAUUAAAUCAUUAUUGAAUAAAUAUCAUAACAGAGAAGCUGUUGUUAUUAGUGCUUUGCAAGUAGAAAAGCAUCCAAUCGCUACACCUGGACCAUAUACUCCACCAUCAGUUAGUCGUCAUUACAUGUUACAAGCAAAUCCUUCACCCAUGGCUAGUCCAUUACCUAAACCAGCUCAUUAUUCUCCAAAAAUGAAACUCACGUAA